AUGUACAGAAAUGGGAAAGAGGGUGUGAAAGGGAGACGAAGAGGACUGGCCAAGGAAGUAAAGAAGCUGUCAAGGCUUGUGGCCGCUGUAUCCAUUGUAGCAUCCGAAGCAGAAAGAGUGAACAGGAACAUGGUGUUUGGGAAGAAGAGGAUGAGGAGCACCAGAAAUAUGAGAAGCUUAGGUAUCUUGAUAGUAGAAAUGCACAGCAAGCUCCAGACCCUGAGUCAGAAUCGCUCUCAGGACUCCUGCUUGUUGAUCGGCUCUGGUUGCGCCCUCUAUCCUCUUGGCUGGGACAGUGAAGAAGUCAGACAAACCUGUGGUAACCUUUCCAACCAGUUUGAAUUGGACCCCUGCCACAUCGGCUGGGCCUACUACUGCACAGGCGGGGGCGCAGCAGCGGCCAUGCUGGUGUGCACCUGGCUGGCCUGCUUCUCGGGCAAGAAGCAGAAGCAAUACCCCUACUGA